UGCUCAAUGCGCAGUCGGCUGAAGACCGCGGUGCCGUAAACAUCUCGUGUUAAGAUUGUUGUGUUAAUUUUGUUUAGUUUCUUGUAUGGGCUUCCUUUCCAUCAAAUUAUUAGUUGUUUUUUAAUUUUGAAAAUUUGAGUAUGCCUUACCGUUUAAAAAUUUGAAUAAUCUUGUUAGUCGUAUUACAUUUAUCUUACAUCGAGUGGAAACUAUCGCUUUGGAGCAGCUGAUCGAAAAAACGAGCUACGGCAACUGAGCAAAAUGUACACAGUUUCAGGCGGACCCACCAGAAUCAUCAACCGAACAAGGAGAGAUAUUCCCCUCAAAUUGGAAAACUUGGAAGUGAAUCGGGAUUUGAGAAGAAAAAAUUCUGGAGACUCGGAUGAUUCAGAGCAAUCCGUGAUGAGUUCCCCACGUUUGGUAUUCCAGCCAGCAACAUCUGGCAAAGGCUCAAGAAAUGGCAACAACAGACACAACAGCAACUCCAAUAGCCAACAAGAAGCAUCUCCCCCUCUUUCUCCAAGCCAUAUGGAGAUAGUCAACUUUUUCAGCUCAUCUUGGGCCGAAUUCCAGCAAGAGUUGGACGCUGACCAGUCCAGACAAAACGGCCACGACGACAGAGGAAAGAACCGGAUAACAGUAUAUGAAUGCAAAGAAGUUCAUCCAAUAAUGGAAGGUUUCAAGCCACUAAACUUCGAGGAGUGGUGGGCGAAGCGACUCUACACGAAGAUCACGAAGGCAUGAGUGGCCGUCAAUUCCCUUGACUUGAUCUGACGAUUGUAAAACAGAAUAAGAAAGUCGGAAUGUGUGGCAAUUUCUUCAUAUUUGAUUUUAUAUGAAUUUUGGUUCCCUGGAAUCGCGUUGAAUGCUUCCCAAUUCAAAAUCUUACCUGUUAGAGAUCAUAAUUACAAAGAUAUAUCUAAUAUAUCUGUCUUCUGAUAUUAAUAGUAAAAUCUGCAAGUAAG